AUGGCUCCACGAGUUGAAUUACCCCCGUCUUCUGCAAACACCCCAAACACGCAAUCGGAAGAGGAGACGAGACCGAAUUCAAGUGAAAAACAGGAUGUUACUGGAAAUAUAAUUGCAGAGCAGCAAUAUCAGUCCAUGCCACGACCAGAUACUGCGUACGGGUCAUCGCCGGCUUUGGGUCCAUACGAACCCAUUUCAUCUUCGAUGUACAACAGUGGUGGGUUUGGUCUUGGCAGCGGCAUGUACGGCGUGGGGGCUGGGUAUGGCGGAAUGGGAAUGUAUGGUUCUUCCUACGGGAUGAUGUCUCCCGGUAUGGGAAUGGGCGGUCCCUUCAAUGGUUUGAACCAAUUUCUAUUCGGCAUGCAAAGCGUUUUAUUUUCGCUCAGCCAGGCCAUUCAGAUUGUGAGCAUGAACACGCAAACUUUUAAUCAGCUUUUUGAAUCUGCGACGUCAAUGUUCGAUCAUGCGAUUGAAACUUUUCAUGAGAUGCGAUCGAUUGAAUCCGCCUCGAGAGAAUCUGAAUCCGAAGAAAUGAAGAAGCGACGGCGAAGGUUACGGGCGUUGCGGUGGGCCAUAGUGACUGCUGUCACUAUAGCAGGAUACAAAAUUAUUCGGCGUCUCGCUCGAAAGCGUGGACGUCAAGAACAUCCCAUAUUGAUGCAGAAUGCCUUUCAACCUGGUGGUAGCAUGGCACAGCCGUACCAUGGUAUGAGUUCCCACGUGCAGCAACGUCCUUACAGCGACCAAUGGGGUGGUGGGAUGAAUGGUGCGCAAUUUUACUAA